GGGCGCUCUGCCCGCCGCUCUAUGGCCCCGGCGGAGCCGCUCUAUGGCCCCGUCAGGGGCGCUCUGCCCUCCGCUCUGUGUCCCGGGCGUGCGUCCCCGCGCGUGCGCGCCGUGGAUUCCCCGCGUCCGCGCCGGGCGCCGCGUCGCUAUGGCGGUGGCGGUGCUGCGGCCGCUGGAGUCGCCGCCGGCCGAGCUGUCCCCGGGCACGGCGCUGUUGCUGGCACCUCCGGCGCUGUGCGCGGCGCUGCGCGGCGAGGGCGGCGGGCUGGUGCUGGCGGUGCGGCCGGCGGGGCGCGGCGGGGCGCAGGCGGUGCUGCUGAGCGCCGUGGCGCUGGAGGCGGGCGGCAGCGGGCGGCAGCCGGCGGGAGGCGGCGGCGGCGCCGCCGAGCUGUGGCUGCGCGGAGCCGUGCUGCGGCGGCUGGGCUUGUCGGCGGGGCGGCGCGUGGCGGUGUGGCCGGUGCGGCGGCCGCCGUGGCUGUCGCGGGUGGUGCUGGCGGGGCGGCGGGCGGCGCGGGGCGCGGUGCUGGCGCGGCGCGGGGAGGCGCUGCCCGGGGCCGGCCCGCACGUGCUGGAGGCGCGGCCCGCGCUCCAGGGGCUGCUGGGCAGCGGCACGCGCGCCGCCGUCGCCCCCGCCGGCCCGCCCCCCUCCGCGCCACGAGCCGCCGGCGCCCCCUGGCGGCGGGGUGAGGCGGUGCCGCCGCCUCCCGUGGUGUCCCGGUUCGCGGCGGGGGGCGCGGCGCGGCUGCGGGCGGUGCCCGGGGGGCGCGGCGGGGACGCCGAGGUGUGGGUGAGCCCGAGCGCGCUGCGGGCGCUGGGGCUGUUCCAGGGGGAGUGGGUGAGGGUGGGCGCGGAGGAGGGGGGGGAGGAGGCUCCGUCCCGGGAGCACCUGGCGGCGCUGGUGGCGCGGCCGCCGCCCUGGGAGUUCCCGCGGGUGGCGAGAGGAGAGGGAGCCGCCCGGCUCGCCCCCGCGCUCGCCUUCAACCUGCGCUGCGACCCCGCCGCCCCCGCCAACCUCUGCCUCAGGAGGUACGAAAGGUCUGGCACUGCCGAUGGGAAGGGCAGUCGGUCGGUGUUGUGUGUGCCGCCCUUUGCCAAGGAGCUGCACCUGGAGAUUGUCUGCUCACCAGCCUACAGCGCCCAGGGAAGCUACGACUACAUCCUCUACAAGCACUUUGGGACACCUCGGCUCGUCCAGGAGGGAGACAUCCUGUGUGUUCCAACAUUUGGGUAUGCUGAGUUUUUAGAAGCAAAUCCUGACAAAUUCCAAAGGUGGCCAGAGCUUUACUUCAAAGUGAGGAGGAUUUUAGGCACAGAGGAAGGUGAACAGUCUGAGGGUUACCUGGUGGACACCCAGAACAGCACUCUCUACCUGGUGGGUUCAACAAACAGUGCUGUCCCAUCUGCCCCAGCCUAUAGCAGCCAUGAAUUCUGGAGUAGUUUGGCUCCUGCUGGACUUUCCGAUGUCGUGAAGCAGCUGUGUGAUGCUCUUCGGCCUCACUUGAGCAGUCAGGCCAGUGCGUUGAGUGGGGCCUGCAGCAUUCUCCUCUCAGGGCCAAGCAGCAGUGGGAAACUGGUGGCUGUUAGAGCUGCGUGUAGCUGCCUCAACCUCCACCUCUUCAAGGUUGAUUGUGUUAGUUUAUGUGGUGACACCAGUGGAGCCACAGAGGAGAAAGUACAGACAGUCUUCGCGAAGGCCCAGCAUUAUCAUCCCUGUGUGCUCCUGCUGAAAGACAUCGAGGUGCUUGGCAGGGAUCGGGACAGGCUAGGAGAGGAUGCCAGGGUCAUCGCUACUCUGAGGCAGCUGCUCCUGGACAGAGACUCAGCACUGAGACACCCUGUCCUGGUGAUCGGCACAACCUGCAAGCCCCAGGAUGUUCCUACAGAUGUGCAGACUGCUUUUCUCCACGAGGUGAAAAUCGAAGCCCCUUCAGAAGAGCAGAGGAGGUUGAUGCUGAGCAUGCUGACUGCCAGUCUGCCUCUGGGCAAAGAAGUGAGCCUGUCCAAGCUGGCCCGCAGGACUGCAGGUUUUGUGCUGGGAGAUUUCUGUGCCUUGUUGUCCCACAGCAGCCGGGCUGCUUGUACCCGCAUCCAGGCCUUGAGUUUUCCAGGCGGACUGAGUGAGGAAGUGGAGAGAGAUUUUUGCACUGCUGGCUUCCCAGUACUUGAGGAGGAUUUUAAUGUUGCGCUGGACCAGCUGCACGACGCCCAUUCACAGGCAGUGGGAGCACCAAAGAUCCCCUCCGUGUCCUGGCAGGAUGUUGGUGGACUCCAGGAGGUGAAGAGGGAGAUUCUGGACACUAUCCAGUUGCCCCUGGAGCACCCAGAGCUGCUGUCUCUGGGUCUGUGCCGGUCUGGUCUGCUGCUGUAUGGACCUCCGGGGACAGGGAAGACCUUGCUGGCAAAAGCUGUGGCAACCACAUGCACCAUGACAUUCCUUAGUGUGAAAGGGCCAGAACUCAUCAACAUGUACGUUGGGCAAAGCGAGGAGAAUGUGCGGAAUGUGUUUGCUAGAGCCAGGGCAGCUGCUCCCUGCAUUAUCUUCUUUGAUGAACUGGAUUCUUUGGCCCCAAGUCGCGGUAGGAGUGGAGAUUCAGGGGGCGUCAUGGACAGAGUCGUCUCACAGCUCCUGGCUGAGCUCGAUGGCCUUCAUUCCACCAGAGAGGUAUUUGUCAUUGGAGCUACGAACAGGCCUGACCUCCUGGACCCAGCUCUGCUCCGGCCAGGCAGGUUUGACAAGCUGGUCUAUGUGGGCAUCAAUGAAGACCGGGAGUCACAGCUGCAGGUGCUGAGUGCCGUCACCAGGAAGUUUAAACUGGAUCCUUCCAUGAACCUCACCACCAUCCUAGACAAAUGCCCAGCUCAUUUGACAGGAGCAGACAUCUACGCCUUGUGCUCGGAUGCCAUGAUGUGUGCUGUCAAACGCAAGGUGGAAUGGAUCGAGGAAGGGCUGGAUACAGAGAGGUCUGCUCUGAUCCUGACCAUGGAGGACUUCCUGCAGGCUGCCGCGAGGUUGCAGCCGUCCGUCUCUGAGCAGGAUCUGCUCAGGUACAGACUCAUCCAGCAGAAGUUUGCUGCCUGCUAAUGCUCAGCCAAGCUAGGACUGGAGGAGCGAUGGGAAUGGAGCGUUAAGACACCAGCAGGCACCCACCUGAUGUCUCCUGGACCUUCCCUCUUUCACGUGUGGGUGAAAAAAGAGGCUGUGCAGUUUCUUGAGCCAAAGUCUGGGGGAAGCCAAGCUGGGCGUGUGUUCUGUAACGGUCUUUCACAUCUCAGGGAGCAUUUUGUGGCUGCCAGGAACAUACCAGGCUGACUUCCCUGCGAGGAGGGAGCCAAGUCUUAUGGCUGUGGGCAACACUGGAGUGGCCCCAGAAGCGACAGAACACUGGUAGGGGAGCAAGGCCCAAACUGCACCUGGUUUGACAGCAGGAAUGGGGCUGGUGGCAGUUUUUCGAGUGUCAGCCCCUGGGGAGGGAUGCUGGCCGGAGGGCAGCAGGAUACAGAGCCCUGCUGCUGCAGCUGGCCUGGGCUUGAUGCGGUCUCUCAAGUAAAUUGAGGGUUUUCAGCACUGGGUAUUC